AUGAGCAUCAAUACCGAUGCGCGAAGGGGACUGGGCGUCCGGCCAGGCAAGCUCCCCCAGCUCAAGAUCAAUGUCACCGAUGACUCGAGCCCAUACACAAAGGCGGAUCCUCGAGAUACCGGGGACAAGUCGCCAUCAUUCCGCGACUUCUCACUGCCCAUCUCGAGACCCCGGCAAGGGUCCACUAGCCCCACAGCACCUCGGUCUCCCAGUCUUGGGGUUGGCGAGCUCCAAGCUCGUCUACGGCGCGCAACGCUCCGGCCGAAAGAAGCUCCCGUCAAUCGCGAGCCGCCGAAAGGGCUGUACGAGUCGCAAAAGCUCCUUUCGCACGUCCUGGACCGCCUGGAAAGUCGGCUCGUCCCGCCAGAUACCCUUGAGCGGGCGGCUCUACAGGCAAAGGCGACUAGCAAGUCUACCAAGGAGAAGCGCAAGAGCGGGACAGCUGUACGACAGCUGGGACACGCGGUAGUCGGCGCCGCUCAGUCGGGGAUCCAAGUGGGACAGGCAGGCAUUGAAGCUGUGCGAUGCAUCUCAUCAGCCGAGGCUGUCGGAAGCGAAGAGCAUCAUGCUGCCGAAGGGGAGGUGGAUUGGGAUAUGGAGGGCACGUACAGUCUGGUGGUGCAGCUUCGGGACUUGCUGCUUCUGGCGGACAGACAAGGGCUGCAUCUGCUGCAAGUGGCAGAAGGGCAACGGGGCGGAGAGCAGAGACGAAGUCGUCGACCUCCCACGGCCUCUCUUACCGACGCGGACCCUUUACGUGCUCAGCCAGGCCCGAACAUUCCACCACGACAUCGGCUCUUGGUGAUCCUACGCGGACUCGUCUCGGCGGACUGCCAUCACCGCGUCUCCUCGUUUGGUCCCCUCUGCCCACCUAACGCGCUCCGAGCGGCAUGCCUCGAUAUCGCGACCUAUCUCUGCCAUACUGCCCGCGGGGUAGACAAGAUGGAGGUGGUCGAGAUUGUCCUAGUCGGGCUUUACACCUUCGGUGAGGGGAUGGCGGAGCGGGUUUACGGGUGGCUGGAAGGUCAGGUCGGGGUCGUGCUGGAGCCCGUACAGGGAGAUGUUACAGGCGCGACCCUGGAGAAAAGGCGACAACCAAGCAUCCCUCUGUUCAGCUUUACGCCCGAAAACCCAUCGUCAUCGAGCCAAAGUCGGCCGUCUGGCAUCCUCAAUCCGCACGAUGUUGCGCUGGCCCAAUCGGACAUCUCCAUCCGCCGCUCCUCGCUGGUCAUCCGCCUCCUGGGCGCGCUAUGCGAAACAAUCAACUUGGAUGAUGCGCCUCUGACUACCAUCUACCGGCUUCACCGGCUAGUCACUCUCAUCCUCUCCUCCAGGCCAGAUGCCUCGCUCGACCUCCUCGAGAUCGCCGCCUUCUCAUCCCCGAUAUCACAACGUACCGCAAUAAGCCUCCUCACCACCUACUACCCACAUAUGACAGGCCACAACAUCGUCUCCCGUCGUCCGCCAGACAUCAGCUAUCGCGCGCGUCUGGACAAGUGGGAGACGGGUCAAUCAAAGGGUCUAGGGGAGGAUGAGAUCGAGCGGCAUCACUACGUCCACUGGCGGCUCAGCUCGAAAGAACCCUCGGCCCGUACCGCUCCCGCGUGCUCGGUAUGCGAGGGAGGUAUACCCGGGUACUGCAUCAAGUGCACCCUGUGUGGCGAUGUCCAGCAUCUCGGUUGCUACCGGUCAUCGCAGGGGACAUUUCGGUACGAUCUCCUCGACAGCGAGCAUCCCGGUCAGACACCCCCGGUCGUACUCGUCAAAUAUUCGCGGCAGCUAAUGCCACUCGGUGAGCGCUUGGCCGAGGGUGCGACGCGGACCGAUCUCCGAGAGGCCAUCCGCCGAGCUGCAGGGGAGCACGAGCUACACCGCGUACAUCUGUUCAGCUCUAUCCCCUGCUCGGCUUGCCAUAAACCAAUUUGGUCGUCGCCUUCGUCGGUCUUCGCCUGCUUCGGGGGGUGUCAAGCGUUCUUCCACGCAGAUUGCAUCGACUCGCUCGAUGAUCAUCACUCGGCUUGCCAAGCUCGGCGAACCUGGCCAGCUUCGUACUUCCAGUGUACAGCCUCAGAGCUCGAGCAGUCCCUCGGUGACCGCACGAGCGAUCUCUGUGCCGGAGCAUACGACCUCGACAAUCGCACCUUUGAUGAGGUCGCCAUCCUCUACGGCGCGCUUUGGACGCGAUACCAGGUCCUAAAGGCUGGAUUAGUGGGCGGCAGUCUGGUCAUCGCGUCAGAGGAGGCCGUCGGGUCGGAUCCGCUAGACCUGCGGCCAGCUCUCCGGAUCUACGAGGACCAUCUGUCAGAGCACAGCUCAUCGGCGUCUGCGGCGGCAUCGGAUUUCGCCCACGUUCAUGAUCUCAGGCAGCCCCUCGGCCCGGGCUAUCUCUUCUCGGACGAUUAUCUCGCCUAUACUACGGCCCUAGUCAAAUCUCCGAGUACAACAGAGUUCGCCAGAGGGGAGCAACUCAGCUACUCCUCCCUGCCAAUCAGCGCGGUGCGAGCUGUCCUCAGAGCAGAUCUAUCUGUCUCAUCGGAGCUCGCUUCGGACCUCUGGCUGGAGCGGCUGGAGACCACGGGGUAUAUCCGGUCACCGGCGGCAGCUUCUGGGGCUGGCAACGACCGCGAGGCAUGGGUGCACUUCGAUCUACCCUUGCUGGCGGAAUCAUCCCCGGCGACAGAAAUUCUGAUAGGCUGCAUCGCAGCUUGUCUGGAAAGCCUCGACCUGACGAUGGUGGAGCAAGGAUUUCUGUUGCUCGUCAAGCGGGCUUGGCCGAGUCUGCUGUGCACCCCUCAUGCUCUCGAGCAACUGGGGUCUGCGGUCGUCCGCUGGGUCAUAUCCGAGCAGGAAGAGACUUUGCAUCGCAUUGUACGAGAGUAUGCUAGCCGGCACCGCCCACUACCCGGCCUCCGCACGGUCGCUGGCGCGGCGGCGUCCCGCACAUCGGGUCCGGUACAGCUCUAUCAAGAAGCUCGGAAUGCGCUGCUGCGUCAUUACGUACAGCCCUGGCUCGAAGCGCUCUACACCCAAGAUCCAGAGCUGUACGCGGACAUCCUGUACGAAGAGUGCAAGGCGCCGGCAUUUACUUCCAAUCCCUCGACCGAUGGUUCGGCGGAGGAUGGAGCAGCCAUAGCCAAUCUGGCGCUGGAUAGGCUGGUAGCAGUGUUGGAUGCUGGGAUAGCAUUCUCGUGUCUGCUAGAGCUGUUGACUAUUUGGCUGGAAGAUCUAGGAGUAUUGGCAGAUCAGGAUAUCGUCUUCAAAUCCCUACCUCGCUUGAUUUCUCCUCACACAUCUCGUCCUCCGGGAUCGACCGACUACGCCGACAUCUUUUCCCUCGCUGCGGAGACAGCUUCGGUAUCUGCUCAGGGCCUCACCCGCGCCUGCAGGUGGAUGCGGGUCCUGGCGUUCUCGAGUGCGGAGGUACCGUGGGAGCUCGUACAAUCGCUCGUUCACCUCUGCGACCAGGAGAGGGGCGGAAUGGUGGAGAUGGCGCGCUUCGAUCUGGCGAUUACUAUUCAAGCGAAUGUCGCAUACCUCGAGCCGAGAGCGUUUGUCGACCUUGUUGGUGGGAUGCUGGUAGAGCGUGUUCAGGGUAUGAAAGGAGAGCAGGAAAGGCGGAUCCAGGCGCCUCAGAUUUGUGACCCAUAUCUUGACAAACUGCUUAGUCUCUUGCUGCGCGCAUACGGCGUGUCUAAUGAACAUCUCGCAUCCACGUCUUUCGGCAGCGAUGUCGCGGAAGCGCAUCAGACAUCAUCCGCAACGAGAGGUCGGCGAAUUGCAAAUCUUCCUCCGCGAGCGCUACCGCUCGACGAAUCGGUCAUCCUAGGCAUCGCGCGGCUGAUCCAGCUGAAUGCGUACGCCGUCCCUGCGCUGCUUGACUUCUUGUGGCUGGUCAUCACCCAAGCCUUGGCAGUGUCGAAUGCGGAUGAAACGGUCUAUGCAAUGGCGGCGACCCUAUACAAGACUAUUUGGCCUCUCCUCGAUCUCGAUAUCUCCCGCCGAUGUCGAAUCCGGAUACUACUGAAGCUCAUCACUGUCCACUCGACUCCGCUGGAAGAGAUCAUCCGCGCAGGUCUAUCAAGCGAGCGUAGGGGUGUGAGCAUCGAGCGUCUUCUAAGCUUUACGCUCGAAUUCGGCGACGACACUGUCACAUCCGACAGUCGGAAUUGGCGCAGCGCGGUGGCGGAGUUGAUCCUCAUCUUCGUUCAAGCUAUCUCCGAUUCCGAUCACUCGGACCCGUCUGCUAUGGCCAUACGGAACUCGCUCCUUCCGCUUCACUUCCAGGCGUGGUCACUCUGCUUCGAGGAGUCCAUCGUCUCCGGCAGUGAUGAGCGGCGGCUCAGCUUGCUCGUUCGCCUCCGUCAGCUCAGACUGUCUUUCCCUGCUUGGCCAGUGGUCUCUUGGAAUUCCCUGGAUGAGCUCUUGACGGAGACUGUCAUUUCCAUCAAGCAGGUGGCGCCUAGCAAAUCGUCGCAAAACGUCUUCGCCCUCCUCGAUUCUCAGUUCGUCCGGUAUCACCUCGUCGCUCUCGGUCUCGACAUGCUUGCGUCGGGUAUCGACAUACCCUACGCCGCUUCACAACGCUUACAGCAGCACGUCGCCGCUCUGUGCGAACUGCCGUGGCAACAGCCAGACGAGGGAAUGGUUGAUAUCGUCUUACCGGCCUUACGAGACCUGCUCGACUCGCCCGCUCAGAUCACGACUUCUUCUUCGAUGGACACUGGGAGCCGCAAGAAGAUGGUGUUGGUCGGCAGCUUGGUCCUUCCAGCUGUGAUCGACUUUGGUAGCGUGUUGGCAGAUCAGUCGGUGCUCGCUCAGAGGUGUCUUUUGGAUAUCCUGCUCAUUGUGUUCUACAAGCACAACACUGCAGUCGUGCUUCAUCCCGCCCUGAAUGCCUUGCAGAACAUAGCGAUCUUUGUCGAAAGGUCGGAUUGCGCAGAUAACCGGAUCUUGGCACUGGCGAUUGUGCAGACCGCUCUGGACCAUGUGCGCCGGGAGGAUCUCGUUCGCGUCGUACCAGCAGUCUUCCUAUCGCUGUCCACGGCCAUGCUGGAUGAGUCGAAGCCAGGCAGGAGCAGUGUAAUUGCUGAGCAAUGCGCAACUCUGCUUCGUCGUGCAGUCAAGAUGUUCGGUCGAGCCGGCCUACUCCUCAAUGUCCUGCGGCUUGAUGGUGCCGAUACCUCUGCAGAGCCAGGCAAGAGUACUACCGGCCGAGCCCUCCUCCAUCUCUUCCCGGUCGCACCGCGGUCUUCCGACUCCGUGACUGUGUCACAAGCCACUCUUCUCCUCUUACACGAUCUACCGGAAGUGCUCAAGCGCGGACGACAGGCUUUGGAGCAAGUACUCGCGGGCCUGUCUCGAUUACUACCAGUCAUACGAGAUGUCAUGACCGGCGACGCAGUUGAAGCUUUUGGUGCCUUCAUCAGCAGACUGGGCAAGCACGUGGCAGAGUGGACCGCCUCGGAAUUUGACCCUGAUCAUGCACUACGAGCGAGCGCGAGUGUCUUUGGGGUCGCGAAAGGAGAUAGAUCCGUUCCGCUUCUCAGCCAGGUCGGGACUUUCUUGCACCUCACUCUUGCGCGUUUUGACGUGACGGAAACGGCACUCAAUGAGCUGCUCGAAGCUUCAGCAGCGCUCUGCAUGCGGGUCAAAGCCGAGGACAUCGUCCAGCAUGUGAAAGCCGACUUGGCGGUGUCGGCCGUGCAAGGUCUGGCCGUCACUCCUACCACUAUAUUGACGCUUCUCAACCACAUCAUCAAGGGAGACGCUGCCAGUCAACCGGCCUCGACGCUUAUGGCAGCGGCAUCAGGGUGCCUUGGUCUGCUCAUCAGACAACAUCCGUCACUGGCGUCAUCGAGACCAGACCCCCAGCUCACCCGCGACAUUCUCACGCGGUCCGCCACCCUCCUUCUCCUCGCCGACCAGCACCGACAUGGCAUGCUCGGCCGAGUCCUACUCCCUCUCGCUCACCAAGGUCCCCAUCACCAACUCGACGUCUUCAGCUCGCUACUCCUCGCUUCCAUCGGAUCGGAUGUCAAUAUAGCGCACGCUAGCCUGCUAGACCUGUAUCCUGUCAUCUCGAGGGCUGUGAGAGGUACUUUGCGGCAGGUGGCGGAUCUGCUGGCUAUACGGGAUUCAGAAGCCGCGGGGCGAGGGGCGGAGAUGCUUUCGGCCGUCUUGGUGGUGGUGCGACUUGCCUUCCUUGCGGCGGAUGAGAUCGAGGCGCUAGACCCGUUUUGGUCAGGUAUCGCGUCGGAGUGGACGAGAGUUGUCUCACUCUCACUAGAUCCACUUUGCGUCAAUAUGCCGUUGCGCACAACCACUCGCUCGGUCUUCCUCGACAUGACUAUAUUCUUAGGUCAGAUGGACUCGCCCCUCGUUCACACUCUUGAGGCCGGAGUGGACAUGCUGGUUCGUCAUGCGGAAGAAACGGGGUCUGGCGGAGGCAAGGUGCUCCGAGCCAAUGCGGCAGUAAAGGGGGAUGACAACACUGGCGUAUCUGCGCUACGGAAAGAUUGA